AUGUCUCCUUAUAUUCACUAUCUCAUUGAUGGAUCGAAGGCAGUUUGGGGUAUUUCUGAAAGUCAUGUGCCAACAGAAUCUAGACCUGGACAUGUAGCUUUGUUUGCUGGAUUUUAUGAAGAUGUUAGUGCUGUUACGCGUGGUUGGAAACAUAAUCCAAUACCUUUCGAUUCAACUUUUAAUCAAUCAGAAUUUUCUUUUUUGUGGGGAAGUCCGGAUAUUAUUAAUUUAUUCGCAACAAAUAUUCCUCAUUCAUUUUCUGAAUUUUAUUCUCCAGAAUUGGAAGAUUUUGCAAGUGAAGAGGCUUCUAAACUUGAUGAAUGGGUAUUUGAUAAAGUUGAGGAAUUCUUCAAUCGUGCAAAACAAGGGGAUAACAAAACUACAAAACAACUUUCAAUUAAACGUUCAAUUUAUUUUCUUCAUUUGCUUGGAUUGGAUACAAAUGGGCAUGGACACAAACCUAACUCCAAAAAAUAUUUAGAAAAUAUAAAAAUUGUUGACAGAGGAAUAGAAAGAAUUGUUAAUUUAUUUGAAAAUUAUUUUAAUGAUAAAAGGUUUUUUAAUUUAAAUAAUUUAAAUUUAUUUUUUAGAACAGUUUAUUUAUUUACUUCGGAUCAUGGAAUGACUGAUUGGGGUUCUCAUGGUGAUGGCACUCCAGAUGAAGUCCAAACUCCAUUCGUUGCUUGGGGAUCAGGAAUAGCUCCAACAAAAACAAAAAUUAAUUUAACUCAAGUGGAUAUUGCCCCUCUUCAAUCAGCACUUUUGGGCAUUGCAAUACCUUCGAAUUCUUUUGGAAUUGUUCCGAUUAAUUUGUUGGGACAUCUGCCUGAUAAAUAUAUUUUCCAAAGUAUGUCAGAACAAUUUUUAAUUAGAAGAGCAGAGAGGAGAGCACAUUCUUUCCGUUUUUUAUUUUGUGAAUACCCAGAAUUGAGUUAUGAAGGUUUGGUAAAAAUUGAAAAUGAAAUUAUUCGGUUGGCACAAUUAAAGAGAUAUGAAGCUGCUUGGAAGUAUUUUUUGGGGAAUUUAGGCCGGACCGAACAGGGAUGGGCCAAUUUAUUCAGAGCUCUGGUUUAA